AUGCAAUUAGAUUACAAAGGUUGUUGUAACUUUUUGGAUACCAGAAGGUUAAACAUCAUAAAUGAAGUCAACAAUAUUUCUUUGAAAGGAAACAGCUUCUCUAGUGCUUUCAAGUCAUAUUUCCAAAGUCAAACUAUUCCAAAUGAGGUUUUGUGGUCACUAGAAUGUUAUAACGAUGUCUACUGCGGUAUAUAUAAUUCUUCUGGGGACCUGUUCUUCACUGCUUCGCAAGAUGGGUUUAUUCGAGUAUUUGAUUCUUCUGGACAUUAUUUUCGUUACAUGAAUGAGAUUAAUGUUCCUGAAUAUACCUGGAGUAUUGUGUCACUCUCUUUAAACAAUUUGGGGGAUACCCUUGUUUUCUGCAGUUUGUCUCCUAUUCUGUAUUUCACCAGUCUAACCGAUGUGCGUGAUGAGGAGCUAAAUCUCAAGCAUGCCGAACUUCAACCUGGUGAAAGAAAUAUAACGAAGACUUUUAGUGUUGAUUUUCUUGGCGGGAGUAGUAAUCAAGUGGUUAGUGGACAUAACAAAGGUAUGGUUUAUGUGACGGAUCUGCAGACAAACAAGUAUGAAUCAUUCGCUGUAAAUCCACGAUCAAAAGCUGAUGUAAAUGCUGUUACUACACUGGAUCGAUCAAAUAAUCUCAUCCUUGCGGGUAGUGAUGAUACAAAUGUUAGAAUUGUAGCGGAUUUAUUUAUGGCUAUAUUUCUGCUUUUUUUUCACGAUGGUCAAACACAUAGUCUUGCUCUGAUCCCGUACCUCUGAUCAUAGAUUAGUAUCUCCAACUUUCACGUGAUUUCUAUCCUUGAGUCAAGUGAGUACACGGAUCUGUAAAAGUUCUAGGUUAAAACUAAAUAUGAAAUCAGACAGUAAUUCUAUGAAUAAAAUAAUUUAAGUCAUUUGACAGUGUUUUUAUGUCAAAUCUGGAUGGACGUUCGUGGUACAGUCGCUGCUCAUUAAUCUUUGCUGUGAGUAUUUUUACUAAAUCGCCUUGAUUGUCGUUUCGUGGUAUUAAACGGUGGAACUUAGUUUCGUAAAUCUUUGUCAGAUAUCUACUAAGAGUUUGUGCAAGUUAUUUUUCUAUUUCCUGUAAGCUGCAAUCAUUCAUCCACUGAUUUCUCUUGUUUGUAUAAUAGGUAGUAUAAAUAAGAACUUUCGUCUAAAUUUGAACGAAUAGUCUCACAACAAUUGGGCGCCGAGUUAAUGUGAGUCAUUAAAGAGAAAGAAUAUGUUUGUAAAAUCUCAAAUUCUUUCGCUGAGAUUUUACAAAUACAUUCUUCCUCUUUAAUAUGUAGCAUAAGAUUUAAUUAGUUAAUGGACAUAACUGACAGGUGAUUCAUUUUUACUUUCAUUGAAAUAGUGAACCGAUCAAUGUUAGACCGCCAUUAGCAAGCUGGAAGCACUGGACGGCUGUCGUCCAAUUAUGGGACUCCUCGACAGUGCUUGUCCAUUAUUCCGCACGUGGGAUUCAAACCCAGGACCUUCGGUCACGCUCACUAACGAUUAGUCUUUGUUUUUAGUUGUAACGCAUGUAGCUACUUAUAGGUAUCUUAACUGUUUUUAAAGAACUACUUUCAACCCGUAUUAGGCUAUUGCAUACGUAAAGUUUUUAAUUUAAUAGGCACAUGAGCCCAUGCAGUUCGCACAUGUGAAAUAUCAAGAUGUUUUCAGUUCACACACUGAGUAACGUUUAAUUCAAUAAUCAUUAGUGUUGACCUUGAAACUUUUCGACUAGAAGGGUGCAUCUGAAUAGUUUUCCACCAUUGUACUGUAUUUGGCUAAAGUAUAUUGUAAUGACGUACCAAUCUGUUAUGACCUUGAAUCGCUUUUACCCCGUGAUACUUGUUAUGAC